GAAUAUAUCCCUCACUAAAAAUCCGUCAUAAAUUCCCUCACAAAAACUAACAAAUAAUCGUUAGGGAGGGAUUUGAAUACAAGGACAAAUUCCGUCACAAAUCCCUCUAUUAAUUUUCAAGUAUUUUAAAGCUGUUUUUUGAAUAUAAAAACCAAUGAAAAUGACCAAACCCCUGAAUAUAUGGCUGAGUUUCAAAAUUCAAAUCCCUCGCGUGUUCAUUUCCUUUCCUAGAUUCAUCGAUCGUCCUCUCGCGUGUUCAUCUUCCUCCAACAACACCGUUUCACCGCUAAACCAAAACUCUCCGAUUGAGUUUCAACCACCGCCACACAACGAAGAAGCGCCACCUCCACCUCCGCUUCUUCUCUCUGAUAAAACGACGUUUUUGAAGAGAAAGCGUAUCUUGUUGGUGUUGAGCAGCAGAUUCAUCUUCCUCUCGCGCCUCAGUCCCGGCAAUGCCGCCACUGCUUCAUCUUCUCCAAGAAUUCCUUGUUUUCCUAAAAGCUUAUACGAGGGACUUAAGGAAUACUGAAAGACGAUAUCCUACGCAUUUGGUUGCCGUGAUGUACAAUGUGACUCUGAAGACGGUUUUACUGAAACUUUAAUUCUUAUAAGUAUACAGGUUGAUUAACUGUUAAUACUUUGAUAUAGUGUUUGUUUACCGUUUUAAUGAUAUUCUGAAUGCUUCAAGAGUUGUUGAUUGUAUAAUGAUGUGUUGUGUUUCAUGAUCUGGUAUACAUUUGGAUUGUGAAUUGUAAUAUGAUUUAAUAUAUAUAUGAUUUUCACCAGGUACUAUGAACAUUCUUUAAGAGUUACAUUUUGACAUUGAUCUUUUCUUUGUUCCUUGAUGCAAAAGAAAUUUGUGUCCUGUAGAUUGUGGAAAAUGAUACUGGGUUGAGAUUGCACUGCAACUACUGAAGUUGUUAGAAUAGAACAAAAAUAUCAUAUUAUAUUGACAUCAUCUUGAACUAUCUAAUAGUAAUAGUAUAAGCUUUUUCUCUUAUAGUAUCUUUUAAGAUCAGUUUUUCUAUUAGUAAACCAAUUUUUUGGUUGAAAAACCAAUAUGAUUUGCUUGUUUUAAGCAUUCUGUUUAUUAA